AUGCCCUUACAGAGGGGGAGUCCCUUUGAGCUCAGCGUCCUGGUGCAGAGCUCCCAUUUCCAGAAGCAAACAAUCAGCCACAAGGUGCUGAGAGCCCCUGAACCGAAUUACCCGAGAACCCAAGGGCUAAAGCCUCACGACCUCAGUGUCACAGUGGAGCAUCCCCUCUGGAAUGUGUGGGACCCGUGUGUGUGUCACUCCCACCUGAAUUUCCUGGUCCCUUUUCAACAGAAUCCCGCAGUCCCACCUCCGGCAUAUCCCAACCCAGCCUAUCCGCUGCCUUUCUUCACCAGCAUCCCGGGUGAGCUGUUCCCCUCCAAGAGCAUCAUCGUCUCGGGCACCGUCCUGCCCAGUGCUCAGAGGUUCCACAUCAACCUGCGCCCUGUUAGUGACAUCGCCUUCCACCUGAAUCCCCGUUUCGAUCAGAACACUGUGGUCCGCAACACGCCGAUCAAUGGCUCUUGGGGGCCUGGGGAGCGAAGCCUGUCCCAAAAACUGCCCUUCACCCGGGGCUGGUGCUUCUCGGUGUGGAUCCAGUGUGAAGGCCACUGCCUCAGGGUGGCCAUGGAUGGUGGGCACCUGUGUGAAUACCACCACCACCUGUGGAACCGGCCCGCCCUUAGCAACCUGUAGGUGGUGGGUGACAUCCACCUGACCCAUGUGCGGACAUAGGCGGGAUCCCUGCCCUGGUGACGGGGCUGGGGCAUGUUGCUGUCUGGACUGCUCAUCACCUCCACCUUCCCUGUCCCUGCCCCAGCCCUUCCCAGC